AUGGCGCAGGACGAGUCCAAGAUCGCCUCUGCCCCGGUGGCUACUGCAGCAACAGAGGCUGAGGAUGACACAAAGGACGCCAAAGAUAUUUCUCAUGUCGAGCGGGUGCUCUCUGAUACGCUCGUCAAGGACCGAGCGGAUCUCUCCCGGAUGGACAAGGAGCUGCAGGAGUAUGCAGCUCGUGGUCAGGUCGAGGUGGAUCAAGCGACAAGCAAGCGGCUGCGACGCAUGAUCGAUCGUCGCGUGUUGAUAAUCAUGAUCUGCACGUACUUUCUCCAGGCCCUCGACAAGGGCACCAUGUCCUUUGCCUCUAUCAUGGGUAUUCGAGAUGAUUUGAGUUUACAGAAUGGCCAAAAGUACUCCUGGCUCACGACCUGUAUCUACAUCGCCGUCCUCAUUGUCGAGUAUCCGACCAACUGGAUCAUCCAGCGCGUCCCUCUCGCCAAAUAUCUCGGCAUCAAUAUCUGUCUCUGGGGUGCCGUGUUAGCCCUCCACUCUGCAUGUCACAAUUUCGCAGGGCUGGUUGCUGUGCGGACCCUGCUGGGUAUCUUCGAAGCCUGCUGCCAGCCAUCCUUCGUGUUGCUGUCCAGUAUGUGGUACAAGAGAGAAGAACAAGCUGCCACGGUCACCUACUGGUAUAUGAUGAACGGCGGCCAGCAGAUCGUCGGCGGGCUUCUAGCCUACUGUUUCAGUCUCAUCGGCAAAGACAAGGCCAUCCACUCAUGGCAAGGGCUCUUCAUGUCCUACGGCUGCCUCUCCGUGCUCUGGGGCCUCUUCGUCAUCUACUGGAUGCCCGAUUCGCCCAUGCGCGCCAAAUGCUUCUCCGAGGAGGACAAGCAUCUGAUGGUCGAGCGAGUGCGCGGCAACCAGACCGGCAUGCAGAACCGGAAAUUCCGCUCCUAUCAGAUGUGGGAAGCCUUCCGGGACCCGCAGAUGUACUGCUACUGCGCCAUCCAGAUCUUCACGACCCUGCCCACCAGCGGUCUCGGCGCCUUUGCCAACAUCAUCAUCACCGGCUUCCAGUUCACAGAACUGCAGACGCAGCUGCUGGCCAUGGUUCUGGGCUUCUAUAUCAUCAUCGUCCUGCUGAGCUCGGCGUGGCUGGUUAAGAAGACCGGACAGAACCUGCUGAUUAUGCUGGGGUUCGUCAUCCCAUCUUACGUCGGAACCAUCGUCCUUAUGACUGUCGAGAACAAGAACCUCGGCACCAAAGUUGGCCUCCUCAUCAGCUACUACAUCACGCUGUCGUUCUGGUCGGCCCAGACCCUCUGUCUCUCCAUGGUCUCGCGCAACAUCGCCGGCGCCACCAAGAAAUCUACCGUCGUCGCCGCAACCUUUGUCUCUUGGGCCGUGGGCAACGCUAUCGGGCCCCAGGUCUUCCUCGACAGAGACGCACCGCGGUACUUCAUCGCGUUCGGAGUCCACUUGGGCUGCUACACCGUCAUGACUCUGGCGGUCAUUUUCCUGCGCUUCUACCUCGUUUCGCAGAAUAAGAAGAAGGAUUGUCUGCUUCGGGAGAGUGGCCUGUCUGCGACAGAUAAUAACCUGACACAUGCGUUCGAGGACAGGACGGACCAGGAGAAUCCUUACUUCCGGUACAUCUACUGA